GAGAUCAGAAGCUUAGAUCAGAAACUGCAGCCGUACUGGGAUCUACUUUUUGGGACGCAUUUCUCAACAUACCUGCUUUGUAAAAAACAAACAAACAAAAAAAAAAGGUUUUGAUGAACCACCAUGGGAAUGAGACUACGGGACUUAUAAGGAGUGGCUGCUGUGGUUGUUUCUCAACAUUUGGAGUGUCAAAGAUAGGGAAGCAACUGGUGGGAAGCUGAUGUGGGAUUGCUAGUCUCUUACAGCAACAAUGGACCUGACUUUGUGGCAGUACCAGUUCAGGAUCAUCAUGCUGGGGGACUCCACAGUGGGCAAGUCUUCCAUGCUGAAGCGCUACACUGAAGACAUGUUCCUGGAGUCCAUCAACCAGACGGUGGGUGUAGACUUCUAUGUUCACUUCCUGGAGGUGGAGCCGGGGGUCCGUGUCAAGCUUCAGUUCUGGGACACAGCUGGACAGGAGAGGUUUAGGUCAGUGACCCGUUCUUAUUACCGCAACUCAGUCGGAGGCCUGCUGGUGUUCGACAUGACCAACCAAGCCUCCUUUGACCAUAUUAAGGAGUGGCACGCCGAGGUGUGCGAGCGAGUGCAGCCACACAAGGUUCUGUUCGUCCUGGUGGGGCAAAAGAGCGACCUCGAUGAUGAGGGGGAGAGGGUGGUGAGUCUGGAAGAGGCCGAGAAACUGGCCGGGCAGCUAGGGGUGCCCUACGUGGAGGCCUCUGCCAAGACGGGGCGGAACGUGAGGGACGCCUUUGAGCUGCUCACUCGGCGGGUCUACCAGGGUCUGCUGAGUGGAGAGGUGGAGCUGCAGGAGGGCUGGGACGGAGUGAAGUGCACUGCACCACAGGCGCUGCAGUUGCAGAGAGCCAGCCUGGCACAGCAGCCAAGCACAGCCCCCAAGAAGUGUUGUCCUUAAACCGUGGGCCGGUGGGGAUCACCAAUGUGCACUCAUGUUACUGUAGAACCAACACCGCCCCCCCCACAGUGGAUCUGGCACGGACGUUUACUUUAAUAACGUUACCAUCAUGAAACUCUGAGUCUUUUUUGCACCUAUGCUGUGAAGAUACAAUCUUAACCUUUUAGUAAAGUCAGACUUUUUGUGUGUUUGUAUGUUCAAAGCUUUGACUUUCCUGAAAUGGCUUAAGAUUUAACUUUAGAAAUAAAGGUGUUCAUAAUUGAUAUUGUGCAGCGUGGCAUUGUCGAUUGGUCGGUUAUACCGCCUCUUUGGUCCGGACUGAAGUAGCUAUAAAACUAUUAAAACUAUUUGAUGGAUUUCCAUGACAUCUUGCAAAGACAUUUGUGGUCCACUGAGAAUUAAUUCGUCCCGUCUUUGGUGAUCGCCUGACUGUUCAUCUAGCACCACCAGCAGGUUGACAUGUUUUUUUUUUGGUGACAACUAUUACAUGGAUUGCUGUGAAAUUUGCUACAGGAGUUAAAGGCCCCUUCACCUUCAAUCUAGCGCCAUUAUCAGUUUAUUUCAAAUUGCCUAAUGCUUUGGUUUAUUAAAACAUUUAUGACAUUUCCACCUGCCACAGCUGUACUUUGUGUUUAGACUAAGGUUUGAGGAGGAUGGUAACAUGGUAAAUAUAUUAGCUGCUAAACAUCAGCAUGUUUGCUAGUGUUGUUUAAUUGCUAAGUCUAUAGCUGUUUCUCUUAAUGUGAACAAACGGAGAUCCAUGCUACCUUAUGGGAGAUGCUAGGACAACAGUAAGACAUUCUGCUUUAUCCUCUGAACCCCUUUCUGCACAGAAAUCUGUGAUAUUGUCGAUGUUGCUAGUUUAUGUAGAUGAUUGGCAGCGGCUAAGGUACAGGGCGUCCUGGUUGAGUUUAGAGACGUUCCCCCAUGACUGUGUGAAUUAAUGCUUUGGGCUUGAGUAGUUGUCUGGAAUAAAGGCUUUGUUUCAUCACCAGUAAUUGCACAGCAUGCUCAGAGUGAGCGAUUGUUUUCAGGUGCUGUUGUUAAAAUUAA